UGAAAGGCGGUUCGCAUUCCGUCCCUCCCUGUUAUGAUUUACUGGCAAAUAACUAAAUAUAAUGUCAUUAAACAGCUUCAAGGAGAUUAUUCUCAGGCAAUGUUGUGAAUCAUCAAAAACAGCAACGAAAACAUCAAAGCAGCUGGUGCCUACAAGACCACCCCCAAAAUCUCAACAAGACGAUUAUAAUGAUUCCGAGGAGGAACCUCCUCAAUUUCACAAACACAACAACCAACAACAAAAAGAAAGUGGUAUUUUUGAUUAUGAUGAUGAUGAUGAUGAUCAUACUGGACCUUACCAACCCUUACUCCUUUCCAGAUCCCCAAACGCUGUCCAGGUACCUGCCUCCAUUAAUUGCAGGCUUUUAGAACAUCAAAGGGAAGGAGUUAAGUUCUUGUACAACUUGUACACCAAGAAUUGCGGAGGUAUUCUUGGAGAUGACAUGGGAUUGGGGAAGACAAUCCAAGCAAUUGCAUUUCUUUCUGCUGUAUAUGCAAAAGAUGGAGAACAUGAUGAGACAAUAAAUCCAAAGGGGAAUGAAACCGAGAAGAAAGGCCCCGUGCUAAUAAUUUGCCCGUCUUCUGUUAUCCAAAACUGGGAGUCAGAAUUCUCUAAGUGGUCAACAUUCAACGUUGCAAUAUACCAUGGCACCAACCGUGAUAUAAUUUUUGAAAAAAUAAAAUCUCAUGGCGUCGAAAUACUAAUAACCAGUUUUGAUAUUUAUAGAAUUCACGAAAAUAUCUUAUCAGUAGUGAAUUGGGAGAUUGCAAUCAUUGAUGAAGCACACCGUCUUAAAAAUGAAAAAUCAAAACUUUAUGAAGCUUGUUUAGCGAUUAAAACACGGAAACGGUAUGGUCUAACCGGAACUGUAAUGCAAAACAAAAUUAUGGAAUUAUUCAACCUCUUUGACUGGGUUGUACCUGGAGGGUUGGGGACACGUGAACAUUUUCGGGAUUAUUAUGAUGAGCCGUUAAAGCAUGGGCAGCGAUCAAGUGCACCCCCUAGCUUUGUUCACAUUGCUCAAGAACGAAAACAGCACUUGGUGUCGGUUUUGAACAAAUUUUUAUUGAGACGAACAAAAGAGGAGACGAUUGGACAUUUAAUGCUGGGUAAGGAAGAUAAUGUUGUAUUUUGUGCAAUGAGUGAGGUUCAGAAGCGAGUUUACAAGAGGAUGCUACAACUACCUGAUAUUCAAUGUCUUAUUAACAAGGAUGUUCCGUGUAGCUGCGGGAGCCCUUUAAAGCAAGUGGAAUGCUGUAAAAGAACGGUUCCAAAUGGUGUUAUUUGGCCCUUUCUUCAUAAGGAUAAUCCAGAUGGUUGUGACUCAUGCCCGUUUUGUAUUGUUCUUCCUUGCCUCACCAAGCUUCAGCAGAUAAGCAAUCAUUUGGAGCUCAUAAAACCUAACCCCAGAGAUGACUCAGAUAAACAGAAGAAAGACAAGGUUUUUGCCACAGCUGUGUUCGAUAGUGAUAUCGAUUUGGUGGGAGGUUAUAUUCAAAACGAGAGCUUUAUGGGAUUAAGUGAUGUUCAGCAUUGUGGGAAGAUGAGAGCCUUAGAAAAUUUGAUGUCGUCUUGGAUUUUACACGGAGAUAAGAUUCUUCUCUUCAGUUACUCUGUCAGGAUGCUGGACAUACUGGAAAAAUUUCUUAUACGUAAAGGAUACAGUUUUUCAAGGCUUGAUGGCUCUACCCCAACUGGCAUGCGCCAAUCUCUUGUUGAUGACUUUAAUUCGAGUCCAAGCAAACAGGUUUUCCUUAUAUCGACCCGUGCUGGUGGGCUUGGACUGAAUCUUGUCAGCGCCAAUCGUGUAGUUAUAUUUGAUCCAAAUUGGAACCCCGCUCAUGAUUUGCAGGCCCAGGACAGGUCGUUUCGAUUUGGACAAAAACGCCAUGUUGUUGUUUUCCGGCUUUUAGCAGCUGGUUCGCUAGAAGAACUAGUUUACUCGCGUCAGGUUUACAAACAACAGCUCUCAAAUAUUGCUGUUUCUGGGAAACUGGAAAAACGUUAUUUUGAAGGUGUCCAGGAUUGCAAGGAGUUCCGAGGGGAGCUUUUCGGGAUCAGUAAUUUGUUCCGUGAUUUGUCUGAGAAGCUUUUUACAAGCGAAAUCAUUCAUAAGGAAGGGACAGAACAGAAAGAUGAACCUGAACAUGUUUGUGCUCAAAAACAAAGUUUGGAAGAUUUUGGGAUGUGUUAUCUACCUCAACAAGCAAGGGACACAUUAUAUCUAGCAUCUGAAAUUGGUGAUUCUUUUGAUAAAGAAAGCAAUAAAUGGACUGCCCCUGUCAACAAAGAGUUGGGCAUUGUUUAUGCUCAUCGAAAUGAAGACAUCAUUAGCCACAAGAAGGGAUGUGAUGUGAAUCCAGAGGUGAGUACAUCGACCCAAAUUCCUGAAUACGUUCCCCACAUGCCAAAGAAGAAACCAACUACAUUUGGUGAAAUGGGAGUUGCUUCAGUGAGAGCAAAUAAAAUAAAGCAGUUCAGGCUCCUUGCCAGAUUUAGAGGCAUGGAAGUAGUUGAGUUCAGCAAGUGGCUUUUAUCUGCAAGUGUUGGUGAGAGAGAUUUAGUAUUGAGAGACUACAAAAGGCGAAAAGAGAAAAUGCCCUGUAGUUAAAUAUCACGCAUGCAUGCAUACGUAUUGUACAUGUGUAAAUCAAAUCAUUUAAUGUAUUUUGUUUGAGCUCUCUAACUUGUUAAAAUGGGUUAGCAAUUUAACCAAAAUGUAGGCGUCUGAUAUAGGUGAAAUAAAAUGCCCUGUAGUUAAAGGUCACAAACUCGUGUUGCCAAUAGAACAUGUAGCAUGGGAGAUCUCGAUCGGUAGUGGCCUCAUUGCAUUAACGCUUAUGUAUACAAUCUACUGUGUAUUAUAAGCAACCGGAUUCCUUUACACCAUAUGGUUUUAAAUGAAGGUUUAAUUCUGAGUUCCUUUUAA